UCUGAGCAUUUGUUGUCACUGGCUUGUUGUUGUUGAUCAAAUUUAAAAAGUGUAAAUAUCCUGAGGAAAAUUAAAAACAUUUACAUUAAGAGCUCGAAAAAUGAAUAGUGUGGCUAAAUCGCCAGAUGUGCGAACUCCGGGGUGCUGCUCCCCCUUGCGCACCAAGGAAUUGCUGGAGAGGCAGAGGUCCAGUAGGUGCACCCCCGCAAAAGGAUAUCUAACCCCACGCAACUGUCAGAGCCCAAAACACCCAGAGAUGCGGAUACCUUCCAUAUUCGUUACCGAUGCCGACUUCGGCUUGGAGCGCCCGAAACAAUUGCUACAGCGCCUGGAGCGAUCACUAUAUCGAUCUUCCUCUGCCUCCAAAGUACCACCAAAACAUGCAUUGUUGGCUUCCCAGAGCAGGCAGCGGACCUGGGAAGGACCCAAAACACCAGAGUUCCGUAGCCGUACCAAAAAAUCUAUACCCUUGUCGGAACCUCGUCCAAAACGUGCUAAGGAACUUCUGGAGGAUCUUAGGUCCAGGCAUCAAGGAACUCCUGCCACGAAAAUGCCGUCCCAAAGGAAUCCAAAGGAAAACCCAGAACUUUCAAAGAGCCAUACAUGUAUACCAUCCUCGGAGCCACAGCCUAUCCGCCCAAAAUUGAUCCUCGAACGGGAGCGCCAGGAGUCUAUAACCAAUCGCUUGGCAUCAAUUUCUAUUGACCGCCUAAAAACAAAGCCACCAAUGACUAGCUUUACAUCGAGCAGGCUUCUUGUGCCACAGAUGGGAUUUUCGUACCCCAAGGAUCCCAAAAGGCUUCACGAAUCCAACAAAGCAAUCAAGCUGACCACCUCAAAGCGAAAGUUGGACUUCAAAACUGAGCUGGGGACUGACUUGCUGCGGCGGGAGCUGGAAAAGAUUGGCAAGGAAUGGCGGAAAAAGACUGACUACCAGUUACGUCAGCUUAUCUCGGAUUUUGUGAAACAACUAGUGCUCCUCCUACCCUUUAAUGGGAUAACAUUUUCGCAUCUUAGCAGGGAUUGCUAUGUGCAGCAGAUGGUGGAGGCACUGCAGCAGCUGCAGUACACCAAAAAGGUGAACAAAAGCUGGCUUCAAACGCCGAACAGCACACAAGCCAUCGCCCAUGUGCUGGAAUUACUCAAUUUCUUGCUGGAUGUCCUCGAACAUCGAAUGGGAGAAGGCAUGUGUGUGCUCCCCGUUGUUUCUGAAAAGCAGAGAAUUGAACAACUUGCAUCGGCAUCUGGUACAUCUUAUGAUGUAAUGAGCCUGCAACAGAAGUUUGAAAACAUAAAAAUAGAGAAAGAAAGUUUAAACAAUUACCGAGAAUCGCUUAAGUCGGAAUCCCCCGUAUCCAAGGACAUGGAUAAAGUUACGAAGCGCGAUGGGAAUCAGGACUUUGCCAGACUCCAGGAUUUUCAGAAAGAGACCCUCCAUGAACUCCAACUGCAACGCCUGCGUCUCCAGGAGUUCUCCGAGCUCGUGAGCCUCGCCAAGAUAAAAUUAAAACGCUGUUAUAAGGGUAACAAGCAAAGCAUCGAAGCCUUUAAUGAGCAAAUACAAGACUUGGCCGACUCUGUGGUUUUAAGAAACAGAAAUAUUGGCCUUCUAACCCAGUUACAUUUGAACGAAAAUCCAAAGGAGGAGGAGUUGCACGAACGUAUGGAGCAACUGCAGCGUCUGUAUAAGGAUAAUUAUUCAAAUCUUCUACAGCUAAACAUUAAGCCGCCCCAGGGAAGCCCUUAGGCGAACAUAAGCCACAUCCCUCAUUGAAUGCCAGUUAAUUUAAGCAAAUAUUUGCGUGUUGCGUAAGUUGAACACCCGAACCCAGCGUAUAAGCUCCUGGCUUAGUAGUCCUACUGAAUUUCACAGAUUUAUUUAAUUGAAUUUAUCAACUGAAAGUCUCGGCAACAUCAGGGCCUGGAUUUAAGUUCGUGUAAUUGACAUUUAAAUGAGUCAUCGGCAGCCUGGCUACACUAAGUCAAAGGAAAUAGCUGCAAAGUUAAGCAGCUUAGCUUUGAUUUGCCAAAAUAUUUAAAAGUGCACUACCAUUUCAUUGGUAUAUUUUGAGUUUUCCUUUCGUUAUUUAAAGUUUCCAUUAUUGUCAUACCAUGUAUAGAUUCCAUAUCAAGUGGAAUAAAUAAAUUUCGUAGCCAAAUGGA